AUGGAGGAAGGCGCCCAGGCCCCAGACUGGGACAGUGAUGAAACUGUGAUAGACGGGUCAGUGACGGAGAGCGACCUGGAUGACGAGGAGCUGCCCUGGAGAAGGUUGCUCUUUGAUCAAGACACAUCUCUUAGAUCUGAGUUCAGUCUCCAUCCUGGUAUAAGUGGAAUGUACAAAGGCACACCUUCUCCUGAGAUUCAGCUUGUGUUCAAAUUCAGAGAGGAUCCACAAGAGCAAAAGAGUAAAAAUAAGAUAAUGCCUCUUAGUGAGAAUGCAGUCUUACAGCAACCUCAAGAAGAAAUGGAACAAAAUGAAGCUCUGUUCCAGUAAAAUAAAAAAAGUUUUCCAAUGAUCACUAGGUCAUUUUCCCAGGCCGAACUUUCAGUGAACCACCAAAGCAUUCAAGGGCCUGAGGCUGAAAAUCCUGAAAUUUUGCCAAACCCAGAUAAGGAACUAAGCACAGACAGAGACUCUCCUGAAAUUAGCUUUCUCUCAGGUACUACUACUAAAGUAUCUGAUGUGGUGGUUGUAAAGGAGAAACCAUUACUAGAGCCAGAGAAGAUCUUAGCAGUACCAAACAACUUUUCUGAGUCUGGAAAGGAAGCCACAUUGGCCAUGAAUUCUGAAGAAACCAAGGAUGAAGAAAGUUCUCUUAAAACUUCUGUGUCUGCCUUAGAAAGGUUUCUCACAUCACCAGAAAUCACUCAGGAGGAAAGGCUGUUGGAAAUAAUGAGUGAUUUUGAACCUAAAGAGUUGGCCAACCCAUUGAGCAACUCUCCAAGUUCCAUAUCAGUAUCUUUGACACGUCACAAAGAUUUACUAGAAAACACAAAGGAUGAUGCAUUGCCAACUGAAUUGUUAGCAGUCCUAAACACAUUAUCAGAGGGCAACGUGGGACCCAUCUGUCAUGGAGAAGAGGGAGGCAGAAGUCUCAGGGCUGGAAAUGAAUAUUCUGGAGUGGAGCCCAAGAAGUCUCAGACCACUGAAGAUUGUUCACAAAUAGCAGAGACUCUAGAAGAUCCAAGUCCAUCUGGGCUGCAAACUUUGGUUCAUCAAAAUGUCACCUCUUGUGAUCCACUAAAUAAUAAGGGAAAUUCAAAUUCGGUAGAAAAUAAGUCUGACCAGGAACCUCCAUGUGUGUUAAGGAGAUCGUCCAGACUGAAAGCAGGCAGAGAUGAAAAGCACACAGAUGACAAGUAUAAGAUGCCAAAAAAGAUUUUAUCAAAGAUACUUGUCAGUGAGAAUCAAACAAAUAAUAACUCUUCAACUAAGAAUUUCAGAAUGCAGGAUCCUGCUUUAAUGAUUAAAGGUAAAGGGAAGAAUAUGCAUUCAACCAGACUCAAAAGUGGAGAACAGAUGGAGAGAAACAAAAAACUUGCUGGAAAAAAUGAAAAAAUGAAGAGGAAUAAAGUAUCUCUAUCUAGCAUUAACCGUAGAAACAUUUUUGGAGAGAACUUACUGUAUCAGGCUGCUCUGCAUAAUGACAUUGAUCUUGUUCAUCAUUAUAUAAUGAAAGGGGGAAAUGUUAAUCAGCCAAGUUAUGCUGGUUGGACAGCACUUCAUGAAGCUAGUGUAGGAGGAUUUUAUCAGACAGCAAGUGAAUUAUUAAAAGGUGGAGCAGAUGUAAAUAUCAAAGGAAUGUACCAGAUCACUCCCCUACAUGAUGCUGUGAUAAAUGGACAUUACAAGGUGGCAGAGUUACUUCUUUUGAAUGGGGCCGAUCCGUUACUUAGAAAUGACAGUGGAAAGUGUCCUUUGGAUGAGGCCAAAGAUUCAUGUAUGAAGCGUCUCCUUGAGAAAUAUAUUCCUAAACACCAAAAACAUCUUCUUACAUCAGCUCAAAAGAACAGCACCGACCCAUUAGACAUAGAGGAUGCACGCCAGCACAAGAAACCACAAUUCAGUUCUAAAAAUCUCAUUGGGUUUGUUUGUGAUGAACAUUCCAACAGACAGAAGUCAGAACUUGGAAAAGUUGAUAAAGGAAGUAAAGAAGGUUUAUUUAUAAAUAAAGAAGAUGUGUAUGAACCUUACCAAAAAGAUUCCAGAGACACAAAAUUUGGUAAAUCCAAGCAUAAGCAAUCAACUCUUAACCAAACACACUCCACUAAGGGACUCAGAAAGAAGAGUCUUCAGAAUGUCAAAGGUCCUAACACAAAUGUGUCUAAUGAUAAAGGAAGAAGAAACACACAACAUAAAAGAACUCAAGCGGAUGAUGCAAAACAAGAAAUAUGCAUUCCAAGAAAGAUAAUAGCUCUUUCUUCUUUUAGAAGAAGAAACAGAUUGGUUAAUAGUCAGCAAGAUAAUCUCCAAGCCUUUGAUGAUCUUCCAGAAAAGUCACAUAAACUUUUUAGCCCACCUCUGUCAAGCCUGAAAAAUGGAUUAGGUAACAAUAUUGAGGCUUGUUCAGUUCCCAGAGAGACACAUACCCAGAGCCUAGAUUUAUCAGAUAAUCAAGAAAUAAAAUUCUUAGAAUCCACUGACCAACAGGAAGCUGUUCUUUUCUCAGGACUUUCCUUACAGAAAGAGAUCAAGUUACCACUUGUUACCACAGAUCAGCAGCCUCAUACUCACCAAGAACAGCAGCACAUUAGCCCUUAUAAAUCUCCUGAAAACGGUAACUCAGGUCAAAAAGGUGAGAGCCUUAAUAAGUGGGAACAUUCUUUUGCAUCCUUUAUAAAGGAAAAUUUUAAUAACAUUGAUGAUGAUGAUUGCUUUACUUCUGAGAAGACUAUAGCAUGUAAAAGACUGGUAUGUUUUACAGGUUGCAAAAACCACUGUAAUUAUAAUGAGAAUAUAACAAAUAGAGAAGAAAUGGAUUUUCUUCAGUUUUUCCCUUCUGAAAACCAUUUUUCACAGGAAAAUGAAUUAAAAGCAUGCAGGUUAAUCAUACUUCCACAACAGGAAGCUGUUGAUCUUUCUGAUUCAGAUAAUACAAUGGGUCCUGAACAACAUAUUGCAAAUUAUGAACAAUGUGCAUGUGAAACUUCUUUUGAUCACUCACAUGGCAAUCCUGAGCAUACUUCCCUAGCUUGUCCAAGAACAUUUUCAACACAGGAAGCUUCAAAGUUGACUAGUCAUGUGAAGCUAUUCAAAAGGUCUCAAGAUUUUAGCUCCAGAGCACCAACUCCUUUAAUGGAUCAAACAGAUACACAUAUUGUGGAAAAGGUAAAUGAGGGAGAAGACACUAAAAGGAAUUACAAUGAUGAAAGCCAGAAAACAAGUUCUUCAAAUGGGCCUUCAUCCACAGUUGUUAAUUCUCAAGUAAUAGAAACAACUACAGUUAAAAAAAGGAAACAAGAUCUUCCAGAGAGCAAAACCAUACAUGAUAUAGUUUUUUAUUCCACUGACAAUACCAGUAAAGAAUUGGCCAACAUCUCACAACUUAGACAGAAAGAAAAGAAGGAAAUUUCUCAUAAACCAGAAGUAAAAACAGCUGGGAUCAAUAAGAGGAAUGCCAGAGGGGAAAGCCAACUUCAUUUGGCUGCCAGAAGAGGAAAUUUGACUCUGUUGAAGGCUCUAAUAGAAUCUGGAGCAGAUGUGAAUCUAAAAGAUAAUGCAGGUUGGACACCACUUCAUGAGGCAUCUAGUGAGGGAUCUAAUGAUAUAAUUGUAGAGUUGUUAAAAGCUGGUGCUAAUGUUAAUUGUGAAAAUCUAGAUGGGAUUAAUCCCCUACAUGAUGCUGCUGCCAACGAUCAUUUAAAGGCAGCUGAGAUUCUACUACAACAUGGAGCAAACCCAAAUCAAAAGAAUCAAAAGCAGAAGACUGCUUUGGAUGAAGCAGAUAAUGAAAAAAUGAAAGAGCUGCUGAAAUCUUAUGGUGCAGUUGAAACUGAUGAUAGAGAUGAAAGUAAUGUUACAGACACUGUCAAAAUUCCUGCUGUCCGACCAAAAAGACUUAAACGGUGUUUUUGUGAUGACUGCAAAACUGUUGAUCCACCUUCUCUUUCACACAGAGAAAAAACAAGAGAAAGCCAUCCUGUGCAUCAGACCAUCAGUGCUAUUCUACAAGAUAUAGAAGAAAAACAAGAAAAUUUACUAGAAUUUGAAAUAAGAACCCCUGAAGAUGCAGAACAAUACAUUGAAAAGAUGUUAGAGAUAAAAGAGGUUAUGGAUAAUGUGCUUGCCAAACAGAAAGCAGAAAGGGAUGAUCUGGCUAAAAAAUACAGGGUGUCCAUAGAAUCAUUUAAGCAAGGAGUCCUGAGAGAACAACUGGCUAACUUGGCCACAAGACAGAAGAACCUUUUAGUUGUGGCAAAAAAACAGAAAAAAAUUAGCCAGAAAAUUCAAAACUAUAAAAACAUUACAUCUUUGUCUGAUCCUAGUUUGAGGAAGCUGCCAUCCAGCUCAGAAAUCUCUAGUGAAAAGGAAAGCCAAGAGCUUACCAGUCUGGAAAAUUCAUUGCAGCCCCAAUCAGGUUCACUUUCUCCUGUAGGCCUUAUUUGUGGAAGCAUGCAAGAAACACAGUUGUCUCUGGAAAUGUGGAAUGACAGCCAAAAUACCAACACUUGUGUAAACUCAGAAACAGUGAGAAGAGAAGAAUUUUCUGGAAAUGAACUGAAUUCUAAACAAAAUGUCAAUGACUGUACCUUGGAUGGGUUAUCAAAAUCCAGACAUUCAGAGGGCAGUAAGAAGAUUAAAUUACCAUCCCAACCUGUUGCCUUUAUUGCUCAAGCAGAACAUUUGCAAAAAGAAAAUGAUCUUAUAGAAACUCCAGCCGAAGGGCACAAAUCCUAUAGUAGUCCUUCAGCAGUAACUAGUACAUUCAAUAUUUCAGAGACUACAAGCAUACUUGCUGAAAAUGAUGCCCAUCCAUCGACUUUUAUUUGUGAUCAGGCUCCUACCAGUUGUGAUCCAAAAAGAAGAAAGAGGAAAAUAGCUUCCCAGCAACAACAUAGGGGGACAUUAGAAUCCCUGGCACAUCAAGGGACUGAUGUCUUAGGCAGCAGCAGUACUGGGCAUCAGACAAAAUCAUAUCUUAAAAAAUCAGCUUUUGCUGUUCCCCAUGCUAAUGACAGUCAGAACUCUUCCUCUGUGUGUGGCCAUCAACGUAUGAUAAAAAAGCCUUUAAACCACAGCACUAGGAAGAAAUGUAUGCAGAUAAAGGAUCUGAUAUUACUCGGAAGAAUUAACCCAGGAAAUAACAUUCUGGAAUUCAAAACACAGGAGACUACUCACAAAGCCAGUGUUUUACUGAGUGGUAAAAUUAAGGUAGAAAAUGGUCAGAUUUAUCAAAAUCCAGUCACCUGGCUCAAGGAUCUUCUAGGAGGCGACAGUUACGUGACUUGGAAUUAUGCUUGGAGUAAGGUGACAUAUCUGGGGAAGGAGCUUUUAAAGUAUGUUUCUGAGGAAGUAGUCAUACCCACAGAGCCAUCCGUGGUGCCUCAGCAACAUCAACCUUGUCUUCCAGAUAUGCCUUGUUUAGAUGACCCAGUACAGGAACCAAAUGGGUAUUGGAACAAAAUGAAAUUUGGACAUGGAACUUCCAGAGAGUCAAUGCAAAGCAUCCCACAUUAUCUACAAAUAAAUGAAGUACUAUUAAUCAGCGAUCAAGAAUUUCUCCCAUGCCAUAUAAUGGAUCAGCAUUGGAAGUUCUAUGUGGAAUGUGAAGAGCUAACAUUCUAA